AUGCUUCUCUAUUAUUUUGCUAGUGCUGUAAAAUCUAUACAAUUUCACGUUGAUGAUGAUAUUAUUGAUAAGCUCAAUUAUUAUUAUACAACUGCUAUAAUUAUUGGCAAGUUUAUUUUUAAAAAACAAGUUUAUUUUUUAAAAAACAAGUUGUAA